AAAGCGGUGUGACAGGUUCCGAAUAUAGCCAACACCACCACCAGCACCUCUCUAGUUUUAACUCAACAGCCUCAACUACUAUUCAACCUUCUGCUGCUGCUAUCGUCUUUCUUUUUCUCGCGGUUUAUUCUCAGUCUCUCAAUCUUAAUCUAACUGCAUCCACAAAAACAAAGAGAGAGAGAGAGAACGAUCGUAUAUAUCUACAUAUAAAUCUUUGAACAAACGCAACGAGUUCAUAUUAUAUUGAUUCAAUCCGGAAUCGUGGAAGUAACUUCCAGAGAUAAGGGUAAGAAUGGGGGCCAGUGCCUCAAAGAACCCGGAUAGCUCUCAUGGCGGCGACCGAGAAGAUAGCCUGGACCAUCCAGGUGGACAACUGUACGUCUCCUUGAAAAUGGAGAAUUACAAACUCAAAGGCGACCUCAUCCCUCACGUUUAUGGCUCCGUCCCUCUCGUUGGCUCUUGGGAUUGCUCUAAAGCGCUUUCAAUGGAGCGCGAAUCAAAGUCGAUGUGGGAAUUAAGCUUUGUUGUUCCUUCGAAUCACGAAACUUUGGAUUUCAAGUUCCUUUUGAAGCCAAAGCACGUUAAUGUCCCCUGUAUUGCUGAGGAGGGUCCCAACCGGCUCUUUACCAAGGGAACUUUGCAAGGGGAUGCUAGGCUGGCUUUGUUUAGGCUUAAUGGUGAUGAAGUGCUUGAGUAUCGUGUCUUCAUCAAAGCUGAUAGGCUCUCGCCGUUUGAUCUUGCGGCUAGUUGGAGAGCUUAUAAGGAGAACCUUCAGCCAUCAACUGUUCGUGGAAUCCCUGAUAUUAGUAUCAAUGCAACACCUGAAACAGGUGUUGAGAAUGGCUCUGCAACAAGUUUGGAGCUUGAUCUAGAACAUUAUGUUAUUCCAGCUCCAGUGACUUCUGCAAACUCAGGCAUAGUAUAUGCAGCUAACAUGACAGAGAAUCCAAGGUCAUUAACUUGUGGUGGGACCUUCUCCAACAGUGAUGGCUCAAGCAGUGAUCCACAUUCAAACAAGGCUAGUAUUGCCUUAGUCGAUCAACCUACAACUAAAAAGGAAAUGGAGGUCAUAGUUCCAGAUCCUUCAAAAGCUUAUUCUACCUCUAGUAUGGUUGAAUCAAAGUCAGCCGGAACACUUUCACCCUCUCAGAAGCAGGAUGGUUUAAGGGGACUCUUUGUGGAUAGGGGUGUAGGAUCUCCUAGGCUUGCUAAAUCAACUUCUGCAACUACUUUGGCUACUGAAACCAAGAAUGCCAUGCCAGCAGCUGCUGGAGCUGUUGCUGCUGCAGCUAUAGCAGAUCAGAUGCUUGGGCCAAAGGAGGAUAGACAUUUGGCAAUAGUUCUGGUUGGCUUGCCAGCUCGAGGCAAGACUUUUACUGCAGCUAAACUUACAAGAUACCUCCGAUGGUUGGGCCAUGAUACCAAACACUUCAAUGUUGGGAAGUAUCGCCGUCUCAAGCAUGGUGCAAAUCAGUCUGCUGAUUUUUUCCGUGCUGACAAUCCAGAUGGUAUGGAGGCACGCAAUGAAGUAGCAGCCCUGGCAAUGGAUGAUAUGAUAUCAUGGAUGCAAGAAGGUGGCCAGGUUGGAAUAUUUGAUGCCACAAAUAGUAUCAGGACACGAAGGAACAUGCUUAUGAAAAUGGCUGAAGGGAAAUGCAAGAUGAUAUUUUUGGAAACAAUAUGCAAUGAUGAACGGAUUAUUGAACGAAAUAUACGCCUUAAAAUUCAACAAAGUCCUGACUAUGCAGAAGAGCCAGAUUUUGAAGCAGGAUUACAGGACUUCAAAAUAAGACUAGCCAAUUAUGAGAAGGUUUAUGAACCAGUGGAAGAAGGGUCAUACAUCAAGCUGAUCGAUAUGGUUAGUGGACAUGGUGGGCAGAUACAGGUUAACAAUAUCAGUGGUUAUCUUCCAGGAAGGAUCGUAUUUUUCUUGGUAAAUAUGCAUCUCACACCCCGACCAAUAUUGCUGACUCGACAUGGAGAGAGUCGGGAUAAUGUUAGGGGCAGAAUUGGAGGAGACACAGUUUUGAGUGAAGCCGGAGAACUUUAUGCAAAAAAACUUGCCAACUUUGUGGAAAAACGGCUAAAAUCUGAACGUGCUGCUUCUAUAUGGACUAGCACAUUGCAGAGAACAAUUUUGACUGCAAGUCCAAUUGCUGGAUUCCCAAAGAUACAAUGGCGUGCACUUGAUGAGAUAAAUGCUGGAGUAUGUGAUGGAAUGACAUAUGAGGAGAUAAAGAAAAACAUGCCAGAGGAAUAUGAGUCUCGUAAGAAGGAUAAACUGAGGUAUCGUUAUCCUCGUGGGGAAUCUUACCUAGAUGUUAUCCAAAGGUUAGAACCUGUAAUUGUUGAGCUUGAACGACAACGUGCACCUGUUGUGGUGAUCUCUCAUCAGGCAGUACUGAGAGCAUUAUAUGCAUAUUUUGCGGACAGGCCUUUGAAAGAAAUUCCACACAUUGAGGUUCCACUUCAUACCAUAAUUGAGAUACAAAUGGGGGUUAGUGGUGUGCAAGAGAAAAGAUACAAACUUAUGGACUGAUUUUGUUUUAAGAGAUCUUAUGUUUUGUAACACAUUGGCACAUCAAACGCCAUAUGCAAUGCCCAUUGCAGUAGUUGGUCUAUUUAAUUUUCGUUCAUUGACAAGAUGUGAGACUAGAGAAAAUGCAUCUUACUGUUUGUAAUCAUUAUAGCUCUUAUUGUUGAAAUGGAUACGUUUUUAUUUAUUGAAUAUUAAACCAUUCAAAAGAGCUG